UGCCCAUGUUAAAUAUAUAUCUACAUUGGAAAAAUGUGUGGAUGGAAACGAAUAGUCCCUAUAGUAAACUGCCUGAAUCUUUCAGAAACUGGCUCUUGAUGGCACACAAAUGUGUUUUUAUUCAAUACCACUAUGAAGUAGAGUUUUUUAAUGUGUAGGCCUUUUUAUUGUAUGACCUGUUGCCCUGAAGUAAUUAGCCAUUUCAUUUUUUUUCAGAUUCCUACUAGAUGUCCUGUUUAAGAUGCCUGAAAAAGUUGCCCAGUUUCUGGUGAAUCUGAGUAUAGCAGCGGCUGAGUGGGAUUCAGCUACAGGACAGAAUUUUUCUAAGAUCAUAUCCUCUGUGUGCAGCUACAGUACAUUCGAUUUUGGGUAUGGGGACAGCUCUAGACGGAGUGAUUUCCUCAUUGAUCUUCAUUCAUAUGUGAAGGACUAUGAGACUAAGACAGACAGGAGCCUCCUUCCAGCAUUACAAUCUGUUUACCAGUCAGCUCCUGCAGUCUGGUCCAUAGACCUCUCAAAGAGAAAAGCCUCCAUCCUCCUAGAGGUGCUGAAACUCCAAACACAGAAGAGACCAGUAGAGCUGAGAGGCUGGUCAGAUGAAGAGAGUGAAGUGAGGAGUUUCCUUCAGUGUCUGCCCUACAUCUCACAACUCAGAUUCCUACAAGAUUUCCUGAUUAAGAUUCCUGAAAAAGUUUCCCAGUUCCUGGUGAAUCUGAGUAUAGCAGCAGCUGAGUUUGAUUCCGCUACAGAACAGAAUUUCUCUAAGAUCGUAUCCUCUGUGUGCAGCUACAGUACAUUCCCUUUGGGUCAUGAGGACAUCUGUAAACGGAGUGAUUUCCUCAUUGAUCUUUAUUCAUAUGUGAAGGACUAUGAGACUAAGACAGACAGGAGUCUCCUUCCAGCAUUACAAUCUGUUUACCAGUCAGCACCUGCAGUCUGGUCCAUAGACCUCUCAAAGAGAAAAGCCUCCAUCUUCCUAGAGGUGCUGAAACUCCAAACACAGAAGAGACCAGUAGAGCUGAGAGGCUGGUCAGAUGAAGAGAGUGAAGUGAGGAGUUUCCUUCAGUGUCUGCCCUGCAUCUCACAACUCAGAUUCCUACAAGAUUUCCUGAUUAAGAUUCCUGAAAAAGUUUCCCAGUUCCUGGUGAAUCUGAGUAUAGCAGCAGCUGAGUUUGAUUCCGCUACAGAACAGAAUUUCUCUAAGAUCGUAUCCUCUGUGUGCAGCUACAGUACAUUCCCUUUGGGUCAUGAGGACAUCUGUAAACGGAGUGAUUUCCUCAUUGAUCUUUAUUCAUAUGUGAAGGACUAUGAGACUAAGACAGACAGGAGUCUCCUUCCAGCAUUACAAUCUGUUUACCAGUCAGCUCCUGCAGUCUGGUCCAUAGACCUCUCAAAGAGAAAAGCCUCCAUCUUCCUAGAGGUGCUGAAACUCCAAACACAGAAGAGACCAGUAGAGCUGAGAGGCUGGUCAGAUGAAGAGAGUGAAGUGAGGAGUUUCCUUCAGUGUCUGCCCUGCAUCUCACAACUCAGAUUCCUACAAGAUUUCCUGAUUAAGAUUCCUGAAAAAGUUUCCCAGUUCCUGGUGAAUCUGAGUAUAGCAGCAGCUGAGUUUGAUUCCGCUACAGAACAGAAUUUCUCUAAGAUCGUAUCCUCUGUGUGCAGCUACAGUACAUUCCCUUUGGGUCAUGAGGACAUCUGUAAACGGAGUGAUUUCCUCAUUGAUCUUUAUUCAUAUGUGAAGGACUAUGAGACUAAGACAGACAGGAGUCUCCUUCCAGCAUUACAAUCUGUUUACCAGUCAGCUCCUGCAGUCUGGUCCAUAGACCUCUCAAAGAGAAAAGCCUCCAUCUUCCUAGAGGUGCUGAAACUCCAAACACAGAAGAGACCAGUAGAGCUGAGAGGCUGGUCAGAUGAAGAGAGUGAAGUGAGGAGUUUCCUUCAGUGUCUGCCCUGCAUCUCACAACUCAGGUUCGACCUGUAUUACUCCGAAAAGGAUGACAAAGAAAUAUUCCAGUUUCUGGUGAAUCUGAGUGUAGCAGCAGCUGAGUGGGAUUCAGCUACAGGAGAGAGUUUCUCUGAGCUCUUAUCCUCUGUGUGCAGCUACAGUACAUUCCCUUUGGGUGAUGAGGACAGCUCUACACAGAGUGAUUUCCUCAUUGAUCUUUGUUCAUAUGUGAAGGACUAUGAGACUAAAACAGCCAAGAGUUUUCUUCAAGCAUUACAAUCAGUUUACCAGUCAACACCUUUAGUCUGGUUCAUAGACCUCUCAAAGAGAAAGGCCUCCACCCUCCUAGAGGUGUUGAAACUCCAAACACAGAAGAAACCAGUAGAGCUGAGAGGCUGGUCAGAUGAAGAGAGUGAAGUGAGGAGUUUCCUUCAGUGUCUGCCCUACAUCUCACAACUGAGAUUGCAUGGUGGCUGUGAGGCCCAGUCCCUCCUAAUGGAUUGUGCAGAUGUUGGGUCUAGAGAGGAACUGAUCCAUCUGGUCAAGUGUCUGGACUUUAAUCUCCAGCUGAAAGGGGACCUACACAACUCCAAGUGCAGGUCUUUGGGACGGGUGCUUAGCUGGGUACCCUACAAACUGGACCUCACUCUGACACCUGAGCACAUCUCUCUCAGGGGAAUCAGGCUGCUCUUCAGAGGGGUCUCUCACCUUCACAAACUCAGGUUGAAUGGCAAAAUACUGAUGAGAUUUGCCAGCGCGAUGAGGACAUCAGGAUUUGUGGCUCCAGUCACAGUUGAGGAGCUCAGCCUGGAGCUCGACAGCCUCAGCGUGUCUCAGAGAGCGCUGUCCAGGGUCCUGAGCAGUCUGUCUCUCCUCCUCAGGCUCUGGACUGUCCAAUGUCUGGAUCUGACAUCUUGCAGAGUCGAAGGUCACUCUCUCAUCAUUCUGCUCUGUCUACAGGACCCUCUUCAGCUCAGACUGAGUAAGGAAACUAUGCAGCAGCUGGUUAUGCUUGUGUCUGAAGCACAGGAAGUGGAAAUCACCCAGUCCUUCCUGAACAAGGUGGGAGGAGACCUGACCUCCUGCACUUUGACCCAGGAAGUGCUUUUCUACCUGCUGCAGCACCACCCUGGACCUGUGACCGUGGACUUCAGGAAGAGCAAGAUCACAGAGACGAACAUUAGAGAACUCCUUCCUCUGCUGGACAGGAUACAAAUGAAGAGGCUCACUCCAGGCUUCGUGAGGUCUGCCAUCAGAGAGAUCUACCAGACUCGUUCUCCUCAGUAUGUGAGCAGCCUGCUGAGAUCUACAGAGAACUACAUCAACCUGACCACCAGAGGCCUGGAUGCUGCUGACUGUGCUGCCCUGCGUUUCAUCUUACAGCACGGCCAGGGUGUCAGACUCAACCUGAUGUGGACCUCCAUACCAGAGGGGGAGCUAGAGAGCCUCCUGCAGCUUCUCAGCAAUGUGUCUCAGCUCAGUGUUGACAGGCAGCUGCUGUUGAGGUUCCUCCACUGCUGCGAGUCCUCAGAUAUCCAGCAGGGGGCAGCAGCAUCCCUUCUUCAGGCUCUGCAGCACAGACUGGAUCUCUCCUGCUCAUCUGCUGUGAACCUGACAGAAGGUACAGAGGAACCACCUCUGCACCUGAGACCUGAGGACUGCAGGGUCAUCUCCAUGGUGAUCCAGAGUGUCAGCACCAAUGCUGAGCUCACUCUACUUGACUGUGACGUGGAGGAGGCGGGUCUAGAACACCUUUUCUCUGUUCUAGAAAAAGUCCAUCUGCGGUGCAGUAAGGACCAGUUGUUGCAGCUCCUGACUCUGGUGUGUGUGGGCUCUGAGAGAGAGUGUGUGAGGAGAGCCGUGUCUCUCUCCCAUGCUGUGGGUGGGGAGGUGGACCUCAGUCACACUGUGCUGGACACACGGGCUUGUGGAUCUCUGGCGCUGUUUCUGGAAUAUUCUGAAGGGCUGUCAGAACUGGACCUCAGCCACUGCCAGCUAACUGAUCAUUGCCUGGAACCACUGCUCCCACACCUGCACAAAACACAAGUCCUAGACCUCAGUAACAACAGCAUCACUGAUAAGGGGGCUCAGCUGAUCUACGAUACAGUCAAUGCCACAACUUCCAUUCAGACUGUACGGCUCUUCAACAAUGAGAUGAAUCACAAACAGCUCUACCAGGGAGACAAGCGCUUUGAGAUAUGGUGAUGGAGGUCUGCCUAUAUAACCACUGCAUCUGAUUGGAUGUGUCUCUUAUUCAU